AUUCCAUCGAGGAGAGUGCGACUACUUCGCUGACUGCGGCGACAGCGAUUUCGGCAACAUGGGUGACGUUGUGGGGAUUAUUACUAACGGAUUUUAAUUGGGAGCGACCGGAAAAAUGGCAGAGAGGUUGGAGUGGGUGGAGAUCAUUGAGCCGCGCACGCGGGAACGCAUGUACGCCAACCUCCUCACCGGAGAGUGUGUGUGGGACCCCCCUCAGGGGGUACGUAUCAAGAGGACAGGGGACAACCAGUGGUGGGAGCUGUUCGACCCCAACACCUCCCGCUUCUACUACUACAACGCUUCCACGCAGCGCACCGUCUGGCACCGCCCACAGGCCUGUGACAUCAUCCCCCUCGCCAAGCUACAGACGUUGAAGCAGCAAACGGAUGUGCCCUGCCCGGGAGGGACGGGGGUGGACAGAGGAGGGAGGACGUCAGCUGAUAACAGCCCAGGGAGGGGCAGUGCAGUCAGUAGAGAGGGGAGCACCUCGUCUUCACUGGACCAGGAACUGACCACAUCGGAGAAACAGGGGAAUAGAGAGGAGGCAGAGAGGACCUCUCCAUUCAGGUGGAACACAGGUACUAAGGAGAGGAUGCUGAUCAAGGUGACAGACAGAGAACCCAGCUUCCUUUCUCACCAGGGGAAUGGUUACUCCCCCUGCGACCCCUCCACCCUUACUCCAGUCCCUGCACCCGGCACCGGCACAGCCUCCCGUGCCCGCCGAUCCUCUGGAGGCUCCGCCCCCCCUGACGGCGCCCCAGACGGCUCUCCCAUCCUCUAUGUUGACCGCAACCAGUCACCCUUCCUAAAACGGGCGGAGCUAGGGGGCGGAGGAACAGGGACCCACCGGCGCUCCUCGGCUGACUCACAGCCCCCUUCCCCCCGCUAUGCCUAUGAACCCCCCCUCUAUGAGGAGCCCCCCUCGGAGUACCAGCCCCCGCCCAUCUACGAGGAACCUCCCACGGAUGUGAUGCGCCACCUGAGCUCUGACUCCUCCUCCUUGCUGUACGGCUCAGGGAAGUCCCCCACCCGGGGAAAGCCCUCCUCGGGGACGCCCCUCUACCACUCGCCCAAACAAAGCCACUCCCCCUAUGGUCAGCUAGUGCUGACAAGACAGAAGUGUCCAGAGAAGACGCAGAGUCUGGAGUACAGCCCUGCAGGGAAGGAGUAUGUCAAACAGCUAGUCUAUGUGGAACAGUCCUCCUCCAGCCCGCGUUUUAAGACAUCCGACCGGCUCCUUCGCUACGGGACCUCCACGGCCACCCCCUCCUCCACGGGGGGAUAUGGGGGCUCCUACGGGGGAUCCUACACCCUCCAACACAGCCAGAGUCUGAUCCGGGACCCCCGGCUGCUGCUGGACUACGGGGAGGGGGGCGAAGGCGGGGGCCAGAGGCUGCUCUAUGAGGACUCUAUGUCCUGGAGCUCCAGUCAGCACCACUCACUCUCCCUCUGUGGGUCUGCAGGAGGAGAAGGUUUUGCGCCCGGGGACAACCGCGAACGCAAGACCCGGAAACCCUCCCUGCCUCAGGAGCUGGGGAGUUGUGGAGGGGGUGGUGGGGGGGACCGGGAGGAAGGGCCAAUGUCAGGGACCCUGUCGGAGGCGGUGAUGAACCAGGCCAGGCUGGCAUGGGAGGCCCAGCAGGUGAUGAAGCAGAGGACCAGUUGGGACUCAGCCCCGGGGGGAGGGGGCUCGGCCGGGGGCUCUGCCCAUGGAGGUGGGUCUAAAGACGGGUACGAGAGCGACGGUGCGGUGCCCCUGCCCCUGCCAGGCCCGGUGGUGAGGGCGUUUAGUGAGGACGAGGCAUUGGCGCAGAGCGACGGGCACCACGGGCAUUACCACUGGAAACGCAGCACCUUUGACAGACUGGGCUUCCCUCGGGCACUACUGGAGAAGAGCCUGUCUGUGCAGACCAACCUGGCCUCGCCUGAGCCCUUCUUACACCCCUCACAGUCGGAGGAUCUUGGAGCCUGUGCUCAGUUCGAGGCGAGUCGGAAUGCUCGGAACAUGAUGCCCAGCGCAAGCUGUGGAGUUUUCCCAGAAUUCACCCUGCGGAAGCCGUCCUCGGAGACUGACAUCGAGAACUGGGCCUCCAAACACUUCAACAAACACACACAGGGUCUGUUCCGGCGUAAGGUGUCCAUAGCCAACAUGCUGGCGUGGAGCAGUGAGCCAAUCAGGAAGCCCAUGAUCGUGACGUCAGACCGUGCAGUGAAGAGGGAGGCGGUGGAGAUCUUUAAACUAAUCCAGACCUACAUGGGAGACCGCCGAGCCAAGACUGACCCGCUCACUGUCGCCCUGGAGGUGGCAGUGCGUGGUUGGAGCAGUCAGGGUCUUCGUGAUGAGCUCUACAUCCAGCUCUGUCGUCAGACCACAGAGAACUUCCGCUACGAUAGUCUAGAGAGGGGCUGGGAGCUCAUGGCUGUGUGUCUGGCCUUCUUCCCCCCAACUCCACGCUUCCACUCCUACUUGGAGGGAUACAUCUACAGACACAUGGACCCCCUCAACGAUACUAAAGGAGUGGCGAUAAGCGGCUAUGCCAAAUACUGUUACCGUAAACUGCAGAAGGCUGCUCUGACCGGAGCUAAGAAGGGGUUGCAGAAGCCGUGUCUGGAGGAGAUCAAACAUGCCAGGAACGCCAUCUUCAGCCCCUCCAUGUUUGGCUCCUCCCUGGAGAAUGUGAUGUCACUGCAGAAGGAGCGUUACCCCGACAGCCAGCUGCCCUGGGUCCAAACACGCCUCUCAGAGGAGGUCCUGGGGCUCAACGGAGACCAGACAGAGGGCAUCUUCAGGGUUCCAGGUGACAUAGAUGAGGUCAACGCCCUCAAGCUGCAGGUGGACCAAUGGAAGAUCCCCACGGAUCUGGAGGACCCACACAUCCCAGCCUCUCUGUUGAAGUUUUGGUACAGGGAGUUGGAGGAGCCGUUGAUUCCGCAUGAGUUCUAUGAGGAGUGUAUCACUCACUAUGAUGACCCUGAGGCUGCAGUCAACGUGGUCAUGGGCCUGCCUCACAUCAACAAACUGGUGCUCUGCUACCUCAUACGCUUUCUACAGGUGUUUGGCCAGCCUGCCAACGUGGUGAUCACUAAGAUGGAUGUGAACAACCUGGCCAUGGUGAUGGCUCCCAACUGCCUGCGCUGCCAGUCAGACGACCCACGCAUCAUCUUUGAGAACACGCGUAAAGAGAUGUCCUUCAUCCGCGUGCUCAUCCAGCGCCUCGACACCAGCUUCAUAGAUGGCCUGCUAUAGCCCCCCACUUUUCAACUACUCUACCCUGAAAAAACCACACGGGUCGCCCCCCAAUUUCAAAUGUGCCCAUAAAUCAAGGCCCCACCUGCCCCACAGACCCUGCUCUAGCCCCCCAACAUCAACUGGGAUGACCAGUUGGGAUGCCUCCCAACAACUGCCCCCGAUAUACCCUGCUAUAGCUACAACUACUGAACCCCAAACCAUCCAUCCACACAGGACAGGAUGACCCCCUACCUCCCCGACGGAGCCCCAACUCAGCCUGACCCGGACCCCUGACCUCUAACCUCUAACCCCACCCUACACACUGGGACUUUCGUCUCACACACACUGAUGUACAGGGUUACACACACUCACAUAGACAUACUCUCACAUGUACAUUUACUGACGCGUGCACACACACACACACUCACUUGUAUAGUACACAUCCAUACACACAAUUUUCAAAGCAUACACACAAUUUCUGAAAUCAGGGCGUCGGACCACAAAUCAGCUCAGAGCCCAGAGUUACAGUCAAACUGCCAUCAAAGAAGGUGGAUAAAUUAAGAUGUCCCACUCAGGCCGUUUACCAUUGAUAAGAAUGGUCACAGUUCCGGUCUGCUUAAGGGAUGACUCUCUCAUAGGUACCAAUGCAUUUGCAGCUGAGUCUGGUCUGCUUAGUUCAUUGACUGUAUAUGAACCAGAAAAAAUGAGCGUGUGAGAUGUCUCGCUCCCUCUUCUGUCUCUGCUGCCAUGAAGCCCCGUCAGUCCGACUGCACUGUUGUCACCAACCAACUGAUGUCAAUAACGUUUUUAAUUGGGGGGGUUUUUGGGACGGUGGGGGCGGUGGGGGCGGAUCCAGGUCAGGUGCUAGAGGGGAUCAUCGCAGCACUGCCAAUCAACCGUGACUGUUGCAACCGGAAGUGAUAUCAGACACCCACACAGCCCUUACCACCCAUCCGCCUGGUCCAUAGGCCCUUCUGCCCCCCCAGACAACCACACAACCUCUACCCCUAGAGCCCCUCACCCCUCACUAUCUACCCCCAACACAUCCUCAAGACUGCAUACACCUCUAUACUCUCAUACUGAUAUGAUUUCUGAAUGUCUGAAUUGAGAUCCAUCCACCUCUGUCUGUCUGAGACUGUCUGUCUAUUGUUUACAAAUGAACCUGUCUGUCUCCAUCUACAGGCAGUCAGAAAACUGUACCUGUCUUUUGGACCCAUACACAAGUAUUUUCUCUAAUAGCUGAUUUGACUUGUUAUGGAUAAAAAUAUAUAUAUAAUUGUUUUAUUAAUUGAUUUGUUGUAUUUAACAGAGUUAUGUUUUCUGCCCACUAUUUUAUAUAAUUUAAUGUAUUUGUAUUUAUUUCAGCAAUAUUUCCUUAAUGCCUUUUUAGACAAUAUACUUUAGGAUUCAAGUUGUAUGUGGGUGUGUCCCAAAUGGCACCAUAUCCCCUUUAUAGUGCACUACUUUUGUCAAAAGGAGUGCACUAUAUAGGGA